AUGUGUAGCAUGAAAGUGUCUUCUUUUAUGCUAUGCUUAUCGCUAGCAUUCCUGCUUGGUGCCACAGCAGAACAGUGUGGUCAACAAGCUGGUGGAGCACUGUGCCCAAAUGGGUUAUGUUGCAGCAAGUUUGGGUGGUGUGGUAGCACUGAUCCCUACUGUGGAGAAGGUUGUCAGAGCCAAUGUAAAUCUGGCCCCACACCUACACCUACACCUUCAACCCCAACACCAACACCUAGUGGUGGUGAUAUUACCAGACUCAUUAGCUCUUCUCUCUUCGAUCAAAUGCUUAAAUACCGAAAUGAUGGACGCUGUCCUGGAAAUGGAUUCUACAAAUAUGAUGCUUUCAUUGCUGCUUCUCGCUCUUUCCCUGCCUUUGGCACAACUGGUGAUGACAACACUCGCAAGAAGGAAAUUGCUGCUUUUUUGGCUCAAACUUCUCAUGAAACCACAGGAGGGUGGGCAAGUGCACCAGAUGGUCCAUACGCGUGGGGAUAUUGCUUCAUCAAUGAACGAAACCAGGAAGUUUAUUGUGAUGGUGGGAAUUGGCCAUGUGCUUCUGGUAAAAAAUAUUAUGGACGGGGACCAAUCCAACUCACACACAACUACAACUAUGGACAAGCUGGUCAAGCACUUAAGCUAGAUUUGAUAAACAAUCCGGACCUAGUGGCCACAGAUGCAACAGUGUCUUUCAAAACAGCCAUAUGGUUUUGGAUGACUGCACAAGGAAGCAAGCCAUCAAGCCAUGAUGUGAUCACUGGAAGAUGGACACCAUCUAGUGCUGACACAGCUGCGGGUCGGGUUCCUGGGUACGGUGUGAUCACCAAUAUAAUCAAUGGCGGACUUGAAUGCGGGCACGGGCAGGAUAGUCGGGUCGAAGAUCGGAUCGGGUUCUACCGAAGGUACUGUCAAAUGAUGGGAAUAAACCCUGGUGGCAACUUGGACUGUAACAAUCAAAGGCCGUUUGCCUAA